AACUCCCGACAACUUUCCCAGCUAGGUCGCAGCCUGGGGAACUAAGUGGAUUGUCCGGUUCCGGGACAAGCAGUGUGCACCCAUCGUUGGACCCACUCGGAGGAGGGCAUCAUGCCCCAGAACGUGGUCCUCCCGGGCCCUGCGCCCUGGGGCUUCAGACUCUCGGGGGGCAUAGACUUCAACCAGCCUUUGGUCAUCACCAGGAUCACCCCGGGAAGCAAGGCAGCAGCUGCCAACCUGUGUCCUGGAGAUGUCAUCCUGGCUAUUGAUGGCUUUGGUACAGAGUCCAUGACCCAUGCUGAUGCACAGGACAGGAUAAAAGCAGCAGGGUAUCAACUGUGUCUCAAGAUUGACAGGGCAGAAACCCGCUUAUGGUCUCCACAGGUAUCUGAAGAUGGAAAAACACACCCUUUCAAAAUCAACUUAGAAGCUGAACCACAGGAUGUGAACUACUUUGAACACAAGCACAAUAUUCGGCCCAAACCUUUCAUAAUUCCAGGCCGAACCAGUGGCUGCAGCACUCCUUCCGGUAUUGACUGUGGUAGUGGACGUAGCACCCCUUCUUCUGCCAGUACCGUUAGCACGAUCUGCCCAGGUGACUUGAAAGUUGCUGCUAAGAUGGCCCCUAACAUUCCUUUGGAAAUGGAACUUCCUGGUGUGAAGAUUGUACAUGCUCAGUUUAAUACACCCAUGCAGCUGUACUCAGAUGACAAUAUUAUGGAAACACUUCAGGGUCAGGUUUCCACUGCUCUAGGGGAGACACCCUCGAUGAGUGAACCCACAGCCUCAGUACCCCCUCAGUCGGAUGUGUACCGCAUGCUCCAUGACAAUCGGGAUGAACCAACUGCUCCCCGCCAAUCAGGCUCCUUCAGGGUGCUCCAGGAACUGGUGAACGAUGAGCCUGAUGAUCGCCCGGCUGGAACUAGAAGCGUAAGGGCUCCGGUUACUAAAGUCCACGGCGGAGCUGGCAGUGCCCCGAGGAUGCCACUCUGUGACAAGUGUGGGAGUGGCAUUGUAGGUGCUGUUGUGAAGGCCCGGGAUAAGUACCGGCACCCUGAGUGCUUUGUGUGCGCUGACUGUAAUCUCAACCUCAAGCAGAAGGGCUACUUCUUUGUGGAAGGGGAGUUGUACUGUGAGACCCACGCUAGAGCCCGUACGAGACCCCCAGAUGGCUACGACACCGUCACUCUGACCCCAAAGCUUAAGUCCUUUUGA